AUGAUGUUUCUUGACUUGCUGAUCUUCUCCGCAGCCAAUUUACAACGACCAGAAAACCACGACGCAACGGCGACGGAGGGUGUCGAGGUAGCAGCGGCUGCGACAGCAAUUCACAAAAUGACAACUGAAGGCAAACAAAGUGCGCAAACCGCAAACGAAUUACAACAAAAGCACCAAGUAAUCGUUGGCAACUUAUUGACAACAAACAGCAAACAACAGCCAGUAAAUAACAACAAAAGUGCAAGCCAACCAAAUGCCAAAGCGGCAGUGAGCGCUGAAAAGGGCAAGGCAACGCUUCGCUUUGUCGAUGACAAUAAAAGUCAAAGCGACAACGACAAUGCCAACAGCAACAACAAUGGGAGUAGCGGCGGAAAUGCUUGCGGUGCAGGCAGGACUGGUGCCGUUGAUGUUAGUGCGAGCAACUGUUGGCCGUUUGUGGGCAGCGAAAAUGAAACGCUUCAGUGCGCAAUGCUGGCAGAAAUUGAAGUGGAAGCACCAACAGCAGCGGCAUUUGAGCCAAUUGAAUGCAACGCUGGGGAAGAGUGUGUUGAAGCACAAAUUUCGUUGCGCCUAGGGGACGUUCAAGCAACAGUAAACGACAAAGCGGGAUUAACAGAAACAAAAGCUGUUAAUAACGAGGCAAUAGCAACAACUGUAGCAGCAGCACCACCACCACCAUCAGCAGCAGCGGGAAUAGUGAAUAGCUUUGCUUUAGCAUGGCCGUCCAGUUUGGCGGAAACGCAAAUGCAAACGGCAACGAGUAGAGAGUCAACAUAUGGGUGGCUGGAUGCGGCGCUGCCACUGCUGCACGGUGGCAUGGAGAGUAAACACGACACACCACGCACAGGUGGGAGAGCAGGAGCAUGCGCUGUGGACGCGACGACGACAACAGUGGCAGCAACAAUCACUGUGACGAGUGUGACUUAUGCUCUGGCAGCCAACACAGCAACAACACAGUGCUUUGCCACUGACCAGAACAACGAACAGAACAGCAACACAAUCAGCCCUGCCAGCCAUGCCAGCCACACUAGGCAGCUGAGCUUUGACGACGUCGCCAAUAGCUGUGGCAACAUACAGCAAAGAGUCACCGACUUGAUUGGAGCGGCAGGGGACGUGACGAAAUCAACUUCGUCAUCGAUCGAAAAUAUUUCACCACAACGAGUAACGAUUAGGAGCACGAAGGACUACGCCACUACGUGUGCGGCGCCAACGAACGCCGUUUUCCCCACCACAAAUAACACAUUCCAACAGGCUGAGGACGUGACAGCGGCAAAGGGUCAACCAACGAAAUCCUUACAACAGCAACAACACAGCAGUGGCAGCAGCGGUGAAAGCAGCUAUCAUGGUGGCGUGGUGGAUGUGAAAGCACACAGCACAGCCAGCAGAGCCAGCGACGACAAGCACGACGAGGACAACGACAUACGAGUACGACGUGUGGCUGGAGCAGCAGCAGCUGGAGCAGCUGAGCAGGAAAAUUUAUUAAACUAUAGAAAAAAUUGGAAAACUGUGAAAAAUAUAAAACCACCCAGCACUGGUAGCCCGCAAGAAAGUGUUUUAGUGCUUAACGGUAAUGAAAAUGAUUGUGAAAAUUUGUUGUGUAGUGGAAUUUGUUUGAAAGCCAGUGCUAAUAGUAUCUAUUUAUAUAAUUUAAAUGAUUCGGAUGAGUGGUGUAUCUGUGAGGCAAAUUCGUUGACUGGUUGCGAGGCCAGUGAGGUCAACAGAGCGGGUGGGGACGACAACAACGUUGCUGAGCUCGCUGAUGACGGUACCAGCAGCCGCAGCGCCAGUGCCAGUGCCAACGUUAGUCGUGUUGGUGACAGUGUCGAUACCAUAAAGACCAUUCAUGAAAACAUUGAAAAAGUAGCCAGUAAGUUUAACGAAAAUCGAAGUGCUCCCAUAGGUAACAAUAAUUAUAACGGUAAGUGGCAGCAAAACAGAAGAAGCGAAUGCAAGACUGGAAUAAAUUCAAUUGAAAACGCUGAAGAAGACAAAAGAGGUCUUGAAAACUUCAUUGAACAAAAAGCAUACACAGCUGGGGAGCGAAGAGUCGACUACAACAACGACGACGACGACGACGACGACGAGGGCGAAGGGAACUACAUUACACAUAGCGGGGACGAGGCGGUAGAACUUGAGGGACACUUUUGCUGCAAAUUGUCUACACUCGUUGAGAACAAAGCACAGCAACAAAUAGAGAACGAACAGCUGAAAGAAAGUGAGGAAAACGCCAAAGAGACAAGUGAAAGGCGAACGAAACAAAUUCAAAAACAACCAGCAAACGAAAGAGUAGAUAAAAUUGAAAAAUGGCUGUAUCAAUGUGCGAUAUGCACAAAUAAGUCUAAGCAAAAUUGUGGCAAAGGCACCCAGCAUACAGGCUGUACGCAUCAAAGCCAGCGGGACGCGCCAGCAGAGGAACCCACCAAUGGAGUAGGCACUUAUUUCGAAUCAACGAAUUCGCAACGAGCGCAACGAAUACAUAAUUCGCAAAAGAAAUUCAAUUCUACCAUUGCGAACGUCCACUUCCACGACCACGACCACGACCAACGCCACCAACAGGAGCUUCAGCCUGACUACAAGGCGGCCAAUGUUGCGUUCGUUCAACACCGCAAUGACAACGAAUUAGUACAUAAAGUGAAUGAUAAAGAUUCCUUACGGGUGUGGAGCACAACAGACGAAGCCUUAGCGUGGCCACAGCGCAGAGGUGGGCAAGUGAAACAAGACAGUCAGAACGAGGAGCAGUGUGGGCAGGAGCAAGAAACGCAAAAUUACACCCGUGACUGUGAAGUUAUUAAUGAAAGCAAGACUGUCUACACGACCAACCCUUCUGCACCCACACCCACAGCAAAUAGCAACCCAACUCAAGCUGCAGCGACGUCUAACGGCUUACAGCAGAUAAAGCAGCCCAACCACAAAGCGAAAGCUACAGAAAAAAGUAGUAAAAGUGACGAGCGAGAAGUAGAGGCAAAAGUAAAAGAAAAGUGCGGUGGGUGCGAGGAAGACGUAAAGCAGAAGAGCCAACACGUUGAGGGGAAAGCAGCGACAUUUAAGCGUGCAAGUGUUGUUGCAAGUGGGCGCAACACCAAAGGGGUGCCAGAAAGUGCAAGUAAUGCACGAAAUAAGUGGCCAGAAGGAGACACUAACGACACCGCACAUCAAACGGUCGAACAAGUGGCAAAUGUUGCCAUAGAAGCCAGCGCGCCAGACGACGAUACAAAAGUGUUUAAAGAGGCGAGAACGACCAACACGCAUUCUCCAACUUUGACUAAACCAGCACUAAGUGAAAGUAAUCGACAGCUGGGGUGUUGGGGCAAUUUAGUUCAAGUUGCAACACAUAAAACUAUUGACGAAGAAGAAAAAGUUAAAAGUGCGAAAUUACCCGACAAGUGCACUACAGAAAACGGUAAACAAAAGGGACUACUACUAGAGGAGCUAACGCAGCAAACGAGCGUAGAGCAAAAACAAAUAUUUAGGCUAGGCCAAGAAGAAUGUGGGGAGCGUAUCGCAACGAAGCCGCAAGCACACAAUGCAAAGUUAAGUGAGGCAGAUAAACUAUUUGUGCAUAAACAACAGAUUCCAGAAGCAAGCGACGCCGAACACCAGGGAACACAUUGCGCCCCACCACCGCGCACAGAUAGUAACGAUGAGUUUGCGGCUAGUCAGCGUUUGCAACGCUUGCAACAACAUUUUCGUGGAUUGAUAUGCGUGACACGCAAUCAUUUGAAAGACGAGCACGAGCCCCAACACGACUGCGACGACGACGACGAGCAUGCUAACGAAGUGAACUUAGGGGAGCCCAAAAAGCAGGAAUUACCGUUAAGUGCGGAGGAUGAAGUAGUUUAUGUAUCACAUAAAUUUUUCCACUCGACACAACACGCAGACAUAGAGGAAGCAGCCUUGAAACGCUGCGAAGGCAAACAAUUCGAAGGUAAGCACAAAGACUUGUUGGAAAGCGCAGCAACGCGGCAAUUCGCUGCCAGACAGGCGACGAAGGCGCCAACGAAGGAAAUUGAAAUUCCACAGAACAAAAACAACAGUAACAGGCAAAUAGACGUAGCUGAAGCCGAAGCUGAAGCUGAACCUGAGGCAGCAGUUGUUGUGGUGUCGUCAACAGCAGCAAAGGCAAGCACAGCUAAAAUAAUAACAACAACACUUGCGGUUGGCCAAAUUGCACACAAAAGACGAAAUUGUUGCGGCAGCGUAAGGUCGCCACUAAUAGUUUCGACAAACGGCCAAGUCGGAGGCGUUGAAAAGCCAAGUGCAAUCCAAUUAACAGCAACUCAUUGCAACAGCAACAGCAGCACCACCUCCAGUGUCGGCAGUGGCAGCGUCAAGUUAGCAGAUAACAACAACAACCAACAGACGAAAACUAUUUGUAAUCAACACAAAAAUACAGAGGAAAUUAACAACACCUCUAAGAAGUACAGUAGCGAGUGCGCAGCAGCUACAGCGCACGCAGUCAAUGAGUGUGCGAAAAGUAACGAGCAAGGAGCGCUAGAGACCGAAGCCGAGGCAGAGGCAGAGCGCCACUCAGUUGUAGCCACCAGUCGGCUACGAGAGAACGCAUUUGACUCGCUGGUAGCGACUAGUGAUAGUGGAAAACUAACGGUGCACAAUACAACCCCAACUGAGGUAAGAAUAACUACAGUCGACGGACAAGCCGAGGUGCGACGGCAGGACAAGGUGGUGUUGGAAGAGGCCGCGGUGAGAAGAGCAACGGCCACCCUAACGCAUACAACAAAUGUGAGCGCGACGCUGCAUACCAAUAGUGUAAUACCAACAACAACAACAGCAACUACUGAGGUGGGUGACAACAAUAACAAAAAUCGCGUGGAAAUACUUGAACAGUCUGCACGCCAUAAACAAAGUGGCAUAACAGAUGCGUCGGAUAACGUCGAAUCACGCGAAACUGCACUGACCAACGCAACAGCCGUAGGCACUGAAGCGACGACAAAUAAAAUUACUCCAACUGUGGAAACAACUUCAGCUAACCCCACAUCCAGUAAAUCCUUUGCGCAUCCAGCGAAAACCACAACAUUUACUGAAGCGCAGUGCCAACUUUUGAACGUGAAACCGGAAGUAGACUUGGAAACGCCAUUGGCACGAACUCCAUCGCCAACGCCAACGCGUUCACCAUCACCUCCACCGCGUCCGCCACCACCCAAAGCGGCUUUGAACUUUGGGCGGUUAAGCGCUUUUGUUGCCACAAAACCCUCAAACUCAAAAAGGCAUCAUCUCCAAACGACUACAACACCAUUUCUAUGCUGCAACAACGCCAACAACACAAAUUGCAGUGUGCACAAUAGCUUUAGCCCCUACGCUGUAGCAGCUCCCUUCACUUAUCAUCAGCCUAUAUACGCUUUUUAUCCGCUUGUGGGCCACUCGUCAUCCGAAUUUGAUGCGCGUCGAUUGAGUGAUAUCAUCGGUGGCGUAUACGCUACAACAGCAACAGCAACAACAACCGCAAUACCAAUAGCAUCAAGUGCGCUGCCAUUGUCCAUUGGUGUGGACACAAAUCAAAAUUUCGUGCGCGACACAAAGAAGUGUGAACUCAAUCGAAUCCGCGGCCAAGGUAGUAGGGACAGCCCAGUGCCGUUGGGUACGCGCGGUGGUGUCACCGCAUUUGCAAAUUCCAGCGCUUUCGAAUGUUACGACGAAUUAUUUGACGAGGUGUCGUCAAUCGGUAUUGAAGCGGACGUGGACGCGAAUGCCGUCGAUGCGAGCGCGGAUGGCGAAACAAGUUCGAUAUGUGAUUGCGUGAAUUGUUUUGCGGAGCAAAAUGAAAAUAAUUUACUUAACAACAACAACGAUAGUGUAAAUAAAUUGAAAACAGUGAACAGUGACAACAAUUACGCCCGCUUAAACCAAAGUGAAUCGUGCGCGUCAGACGUGUCCGCGAAUAGUGUCACCAAAAGCUGCCACACGCAAGCCAAUCAAAACCACAACCAAAGCAAAUACCAAAGUUUAAACGUUAUUACAACAGCCACCGCCGCCGCCGCCGCCGUCAAAAUGCGUGAAGUUAACGGUCAGUUGCGCGGUCUGUUGAAAAAACCGAAUCGUCCGCCGCCGGCGCGUAAAAAUCGUGUCGUUUUCGAUGAGACACGCAACGAGUUCUUCGAGGCGGAUUAUAUUAUUUUGAUACGUGAGGAUUGUGCCUACGAUGAGGAGGACGAGGAGCCGUGCACAUGCGGCGAACACGAAUUGGUGCGUUUGUGCUGCGAAGAGGGCUGCCAGUGUAAUUACUCGGCUGUGGGUGCGAACGUUGGCAGUGGAGGUGGCGGUGUCGGUGGGCCCGGCGAUGAUACGCGCACGCCGCAGAGUCCCAAAUUCGCGCCACCCAUAGAAUUUGUCGAUGAGGCCGCUCUGAGUCCUCCUGAUGGUUACAAGGACAAUGGCUUAAAGAAUACCCUCGGCGGCGCGCUAAGCGGUCACAUCUUCGGCGCCCAACACAUCCAACAGCUGCAGGUCAUACAGAGGUUGCAGCAGCAGCGGGCCGCUAUGCUGGCUGCACGCAAUAAUAAUCAAAUUCCGCCGCCGCCGCCACCAGUGGGAAGUGCAGCACUUAGCCAGCACCAACAGCAGCAGCAUCAGCAACACCAACAACAACAACAGCAGCAGCAGCAAGUAGCACAUCAGGCGCAACAACACCACCAACAAUUACAGCAGCAGCAGCAGCAACAACAACAGCAGCAUUCACCCGACGAUGACUCGUUAGGCGUUUGCACUGAGUGCGCCGAAUGCGCCGAGUGUGCGGCCAAGCAACUCCAGGAUACAGUGACCGAGCGGCGCAUUGUGCGUGAGGCCAGCGAGGAUGUGACAGCCGGCACUGACCUAUUGCCGCCCGCAUUGCCAGCCAAGCCAAGCGCCAUUGUGAGUGCCAGCACUGGCCAGCAAUUGUCCCAGCAGCAGCAGCAGCAGCAACAGUCGUCAAACGCUGCCGGUGAGGUGUACGACGAGCAGAAACCGCCACCCAUACCACCAAAGGAGUCCUCGCCCACCCAAAUCAGUGGUAUUUUGAAGGGCGGCAAAUUGUGGAAACAGGAUUCAAUGUCACAGUCGGAUGACCAGAACAAUACCACCUCGGAGGAUGAGGGUGGCACAACAAAACGUUCGGUGCGCUUUGUCACCGAAGAUUUGGCUGGUGACGGCGAGGGUCAGACAACUGGCGACGCCGAUGAAGGGGAGAAUCAGAUAAACGAACUCAUACCGAUCAAGAAACAUUCCACAUUAUUCAAUAACGCAUUACGUCCCAACUCCGCCGUACGCCAGUUGUUCCCAAGCGUUGCUCACCAAACACCGGUGCUCACCUCGGAAGCAUUACGGGCAUUUGACGAGUCGAAACGUGCUGGUUGUUUGGUGCCAAAUCUGCCCGGCUGUGGUGAUACGGACACUAUCAGGCGUAGCAUCGAGCGUAACAUAUUGCGACGAUCAUUGAUCAAAAAAAAGGCCGUCAAAUCGGACAUUUCACUGGAGGAGCGUAUCAAACAGCUAACCUGCGACAUCGACGAGACGAAUGAGGAUAGCGCUGCGGAGAACGGUGAUGAGGAAAGCUCAAAAUUGGCUGCGGAAGCCAAUUGUGAAUUGAUGCAUCGCGGUAGUCCCAUGGGCGAAGAGAAUCCACAGAAGUUCGCCAAUGGCAACAGCGAUAAAAGUUUUUCACCCAGCUCGUCUGUUUCAAGCUCGUCGAGUGGUUCAUCGGCUUACAAGAAGAUUUCCGACAUAUUCAAUCGUGACAAGAAACAAGAGAAGAUACUUGAAAUGGAAGAGAAUCCCAUAGUUAUAAUACCUCAGGAAUGCCGCUGCCCGGCCGCACCCGAUCUUGGCAUGGGCAUACAAGUGCCCGUCGUACAUACCCAAAUCCAUCGCACACCACCACGUCAAGUGGAGCCGAAACGUCAAUUCCUCUCUACACUGGCACCCCUAACCGCUUGUGUGGCCGGCAACAAGGACGACCUAUCUUCCUAUUACACCUUGGCUGCUGCUCAUCAUAGCGGUCAUGCGGCCAAUAAUGCACAAUUCGCUGAAUUCCAUUUGGGUGGCGCUAAUUUGUGUGAACGGCCAGGCGUUACGCAGGGUGGUGGUGGUGGUGGUGGCGCCACUGAUGAGGUGCGCAAAGUGGCACCUGAUGUCAUUGCUGGUACGCCCGGUCAGGAGCAGCAAGACGAAUUGGCAGCCUUUGCUCAGCAGGAGGCCAAUCGCACGGAAAAGAUUAAGAAGCGCUACACCAACGAAAACUCCAACAAUAGCUCUGAUGAUGAUGAGCAAAAUGAUUAUGGCUUUAAUAAGCGUCCAUCGGUGCGCGGCAUCAAACCGAAGUUCAGUUCCACCAAUGAGAUUUUGCAGCAAAUGCAGGAGCAAUUGAAUCAGCAGAUGCCCAGCGUGGCAGUGGGACAACCCAUCAACCAGGCCAUCAAGAGUUAUACGCUGCCAAAACAGGCCUCUACAAGUUCCAUGACCAAGCAGAUCUCUCAAAAUCCUUCCCCACAAAAUGUGCCACAUCCCAUCAAUGUUGUACAACAACAGCAACAACAACAGCAGCAGCAACAGCAACAACAGCAGCAACAACAGCAGCAACAGCAACAACAUCAGCAACAGCAACAACAACAGCAACAACAACAGCAGCUACAACUUCAACAAUCCCAACAGCCACAGCCACCAUCACAAAUUAUGGUCGGCCAACAACAACAGCCCACGUCACAGGCAGUGCAAGUGCAGGCCAACGCCAUCGCUCAACAACAAACCGAGCAACGCACGUGGAGUUUCUACACGGAAGGUGGCGCCGAACAGCAUCGCCUGCCCAUCGAAGGCGCAGGCCUCCAGCAGGCAUACUACCAAACAUUGCCCGGUGGCGCCAUGUUCCGCCAAACCAUUAUGCAGCAUGGCCAGGACGAGACGGCGAUGAUGUACGCCGCACAAAAUUGUCAGAGCGUCACCGCCAUUGAACAGCAACACUACGGACACUACGCACGCAGUCCUACCCGACGUCCAGAGUCACCGCCACCGCUGCGCAAUUACCAUCAGACAAUGGUGUUGAUACCCUACAACGCACAGACCUACUCACAAUUCGCCGCCACCAACAUGGAUCCGAAAGUGGCGCACAUACAACGUCAAAACAUACUGGAGUACCAGCAGGUGACUCAGCAGACGAUUCGCGUUCCCAUCGGCUAUGCGCUGCCAGGCAUGCAACUCCACGUGAUGGCUGGGCGUGGCCAUGCAGGCCAUUAUGCGCAACACCCGCAACAGGCAGUCGGCGUUGAGGCUGCGGCCGCUGCCGCUGCUGCUAACACCCAUCCGCACCAACAUCCACAUCCACCGCAUCAGCGCAUCAUGGCUCAGCGCUAUCAAUUCGCACAGGAGGGAAAUAUACCUGGUUUUAGUGAGCGUGGCGUACCAGAGGGCGCGGCGGCGGUGUCUCACACUGAUUGUCACAGCAUGGUGUCGCCCACCGCCAGCCAAGCAGCGACUGUACAACAACAAAUUCAACAACAAAUGCAACAGCAACAACAGCAGCAGCAGCAACAGCAACAACAACAGCAGGUGAACAUAGCGCAGCAGCAGCAGCAGCAGCAGCAACAGGCAGCACAGGCGAACAUCAGCCAAGGUGGUGGCGGCGGCGGUGGCGGCACCGGCUUACAACAAGCCGCCGCUCAAGGUUCCGUCUAUUACGCGAUGAAUGUAUGACCCGCGGCCGAUUAGUCGGCGCCAACGGCGGCGGUCAUUGUAGAACGUCGUCAGUGUCAACGCGUCGAAAUGUCGUCGGUACAGCUGAGCACACGGUAAACUACAAUGGGGACAAGGGGCAGUGGCGGCUGAGGGUAAUUAUGGAGUUAUGGGAAGAAAUGCGUGGGGUGCACAAAGGGGGAACAGUGUGAAGUGUGCACCAAUGGAGGACUUUAGGUGCGGAUGCUAUGGCGAGAGGGGUUAUUUUAGUAGUACAGCAUGAAAUUGCAUGCAAACAACGGCAACGAGGGAAUUUAAUUAGAACCAGUUUAGAUUUAGUAACGGUAGUCAAGCGUAUAAAAAUUAUGAAUGGAUUCUUAAAGCAUUCAAGUACUUAACUUAAAAAUGUGUAACCAAAUGUUGGUACUGGUCAGCGCUGGCAAAUGUGUCAUAUUCCAUUAGAAAUGAAAAGAAAGCUUCCAUUUAAUUGAGAGAAGACAGAAAUUGUUACGGGUAUGCAAAAAAAAAAAAGAAUAUAUUCAGACGCUAGUACAGCAUAAUUGCACUAUGCAACCAAAUUUUUGUGAUCUGCAGCUAAAACAGUUUUCUUAUUACUCUACUGAGGAACUCUGAUCCCAAGAAAAGUUUGGAAAUUUAUGAGUAACACUGAAUAAUAUCGAGUGUAAUUUGUGAAAUGUGUUGUGAAAGGCCGAUCACCAUUGAAAGCUCCCACACAAUGAGUUUGCUCAGAGAAGCGAUGUUGAGCUGUUCCGUCUCAAGUGAUCCAUGUUUUUGGACAUUGUCGUAAAUUCUUCAAAAAAAAAUUUGAAAAAUCGGUUCAU